AUGGCAGAAAUGGAGAAAGAAGGGAGACCUCCCGAAAAUAAAAGGAGCAGGAAGCCGGCGCACCCGGUCAAGCGGGAGAUCAACGAGGAGAUGAAGAACUUCGCAGAAAACACUAUGAAUGAGCUCCUUGGCUGGUAUGGUUAUGAUAAGGUUGAACUGAAAGAUGGAGAAGAUAUUGAAUUCAGGAACUACUCUGCAGAUGGGGAAAGCCGCCAGCACAUUUCUGUUCUCAAAGAAAAUUCUUUGCCAAAACCGAAAUUACCCGAGGACAGUGUUAUUUCACCGUACAAUAUAAACACAAGCUAUCCAGGGCUUGCCACAGGAAAUGGACUUUCAGACUCACCAGCAGGGUCAAAGGAUCACGGGAAUGUACCUAUUAUUGUCCCAUUAAUUCCGCCACCUUUCAUAAAGCCACCAGCAGAAGAUGAUGUGUCAAAUGUACAAAUAAUGUGUGCCUGGUGCCAGAAAGUUGGAAUCAAGCGCUAUUCCCUGAGUAUGGGAAGUGAAGUGAAAUGCUUCUGCAGCGAGAAGUGCUUUGCGGCUUGCCGAAGAGCAUAUUUCAAGAGAAACAAGGCUAGAGAUGAAGAUGGACAUGCUGAAAAUUUUCCCCAGCAGCACUAUGCUAAGGAAACUCCAAGACUUGCCUUCAAGAAUAACUGCGAACUACUUGUAUGUGACUGGUGUAAGCACAUAAGACACACAAAAGAGUAUCUGGAUUUUGGGGACGGGGAAAGAAGGCUUCAGUUCUGCAGUGCAAAAUGUCUCAAUCAGUACAAAAUGGACAUUUUCUACAAAGAGACACAGGCCAAUCUUCCAGCUGGACUGUGCAGUACAUUACAUCCUCCAGUCGAAAAUAAAGCAGAAGGCACUGGGGUACAGCUGCUGACUCCAGAUUCUUGGAAUAUACCGCUAGCAGAUGCUCGGAGAAAAGCCCCAUCCCCAGCGUCUGCAGCUGGCCAAAUUCAAGGUCCUGGACCAUCAGCGUCUACCACUGCCUCUCCGUCUGACACUGCCAACUGCUCUGUCACUAAAAUCCCCACGCCAGUUCCCAAACCUAUUCCCAUCAGUGAGAAUCCAAAUAUUCCACCAGUUUCUGUCCAGCCACCUGCUAGCAUUGUGCCUCCAAUUGGUGUCCCACCUCGCAGUCCUCCCAUGGUGAUGACAAACCGUGGGCCAGUUCCUCUGCCCAUAUUCAUGGAGCAGCAAAUUAUGCAGCAAAUCCGUCCACCAUUUAUCCGCGGGCCGCCUCACCAUGCCUCAAAUCCUAACAGCCCUCUGUCGAAUCCAAUGAUCCCUGGAAUUGGUCCGCCACCAGGUGGUCCCAGAAAUAUGGGCCCCACCUCUAGCCCCAUGCACAGGCCGAUGCUCUCCCCUCAUAUCCACCCCCCCACAACCCCUACCAUGCCUGGGAAUCCUCCAGGCUUGCUGCCGCCUCCCCCUCCUGGAGCUCCUCUGCCCAGUCUUCCCUUUCCCCCCGUCAGCAUGAUGCCAAAUGGUCCUAUGCCUAUGCCACAGAUGAUGAACUUUGGACUGCCAUCCCUCGCCCCGCUGGUGCCACCCCCGACUCUACUAGUGCCAUAUCCCGUCAUCGUCCCUUUGCCCGUCCCCAUCCCCAUCCCCAUCCCCAUCCCUCACAUCAACGACUCCAAACCCCCCAACGGUUUCUCCAGCAACGGCGAAAACUUCAUUCCGAGUACCUCCAGCGAGACGCCUGGGGCAAAGCCAGCCAACAGCUCCUCAUCCCCUCGAGAGUCGAAGCAAGGAUCGUCUAAAUCCUCCGACUCCUCACCGAGCUGCUCAGGCCAGUCCCUAAACCAAGCUCAAGUGCUUCAGGAGCACGGUAAAAAUGAAGUUGUUGACUUGACUGUCAGACCUAGUAGCCCCGUGAACAGUAAAUUUGGUUUCCCCAGCGUGCUGCAGGGCCCACAGGAUGGUGUGAUAGACCUGACAGUAGGCCACCGGUCUAGGCUGCACAAUGUUAUCCACAGGGCUUUACACGCCCAAGUGAAAGUCGAGCGCGAGCCUAACAGUGUUGUAAAUUUGGCUUUCGGUAGCUCAGACAAAAGGAACUGCAGCGACUGCAGGGACAACUGCAGCCCAGUGGACUCAAAAACGCUACCGUGCGGUGACGCGGCUCACUGCUGCCCCGUCUCCUUGGCCUCCGGCACGCCGGGACUGGAAGCCGGAGCGGCGGUGUGCAACGUCAUCGUGAAUGGCACCAAGAGCACCGAGGGUUCCAAGAACCCGGAGCCGCCCCAGGAGCCCAAAAAGCCCCAGCCCCCAGAGGAGCUGGCGGUGAGCGAGCUGGAGUCCGUAAAGGAGAACAACUGUGCGUCGAACUGCCACCUCGAGGGGGACGCUGGCAAGAAGAGUGGGGAGGAGCCCCUGGCCGGGGGAGACAAGCAGGACCCAAACCUCAACAAUCCAGCGGACGAGGACCAUGCGUACGCUUUGCGGAUGCUGCCCAAGACAGGUUGCGUGAUCCAGCCUGUGCCAAAACCAGCAGAAAAGACUGCUAUCGCGCCGUGCAUUAUGUCAACGCCAAUACUCAGCACAGGGCCAGAGGAUCUGGAGCCACCAUUGAAAAGGAGGUGCCUCCGAAUUCGAAAUCAGAAUAAGUAAAGGAAUGCUCACCAACAGGGUACCUUGCAUGGAGAAAGGGAGCAGAGCAAACCACGUCACUCCACUGAACGACACCAGCUGGUCCGCUCACCAUCCCCUCUGGCUAAAAGUCAAGCAAAUAAAGCAGCUUCCCAUCACGAAGUCCCUCCGAGGAAGCCUCAGUCCCACGGGUGCCUUUGACCCAGAAGACAGCACAUCAUGGACCCACACAGUGUGCUCAGCAUUCCUGCGACCACCCCCUCUUCUCCUCCAAGGAACGCUUUCUCCUCUUGGUUUCUUGCUGCGGGGAUUUUUAACCCUGGUUUCAAAAACCACAUGGACCAACAUAGGUACUUUUUCCCUCCCUGACUUCAAAGUUCAGAUAAUUGAGACUGGACAGUGAUAUGGAUUUUUUUUUUUUCGAAAAACUGCUGUGGUUUUGCUGCUACACUAAGAAUCGUGAUUUGCAUUGUAUGGUUUUGGACCUAUUCAAGUUUUGAUGGGGGAAAGGGGUAAUACUGGAGUAGCAAUGCUUCAGAGUCAUCUCUGUCCUACCCAUGAUGCACUUUUAAAUGAAGAGUUAGAAUAUUUUAUUGGCUAAUAUACUUUCCUUGUUAUUUUUACAAAGGCCACCUUUAUCCUUUCUAAUGCCAUAUUUUCAGUGUUACACUUUUAUGGCUUUUAAUUUUUGAUUUGACAGAUGUAAGAAGCAGCAUGAAUAGUUUAUACUGUGGUUUUUCAGAGACUGAAUGCCAAGAGAACUCAGUAAAUGUUUAUUCUUCUCA